AAUUAUGCAUAGGCCAAAAUCAUAUAACUUAUGGUAACGACAUAAACUAAUUUAAAAAUAUAAUUGAGACAAGUCUUCUUUAUUAUUAUUAUUUUUUUUUUUUUUUGCAAACUCUUCUAGCAUAGUAGCAUUUGCUAAUUGAAGUUUUUUUUUCCUCCCUUUAUUCCAUUUCUUUUUGUUUCCAUUAUAGCGAAGCGACCCGGGUACGCUAUACCUGACCCCUCUCUUCUACUUGGAAACAAUUCCAAAAUACACUAGUAAUUAAAUUUUUUUCCAAAAUACAUAAGUAAUAAAAAAGUUUCUCACUCUACACAUGUUUCACAAUCACCGUCUUUGUCAGAGGCAGUGAACAACAUCACCGUUUUUGACAAAAGCAGUGAACAAAUCACUGCGUUUUGAUAAAACGAUGAACGCUUCACCGCUGCUAAGUAAAAUGGUGAUAUCUUAAAACAGUGAAUCAUUCACCGCUGCUAAGUAAAAUGGUGAUAUCUUAAAACAGUGAAUCAUUCACCGUUUUUGUAUAAAACAGUGAAUCAUUCACCAUUUUAUAUAAAAGCGGUGAUAUGUUCCCCGCAUCUGACGGCCACGGUGAUUCGCAUCGGGCGGGGCAUUCACCGCGUUAAUCAAACACGGCGAAUAACCCGCGCCUGUCCACGUCAGUGAUCCGCGUCGCGCGGGGUUUCACUGCUGCCGUUGGAUGCAGUGAGGCGCGGAUUUUGAUUUUCUUUCCAGAUCCGACGCAUCACAUGCUCCACGUCAUCGAUCCUCGCCAUUCAUCGUGUUCGAGAAAGGCGGUUUAUUCACCGCGUUUGUCAAAGACGGUGAUGGCGAGGCAUUAAUUUUUGCCAGAUCCCUCCCCCUAUAAAUUGAACCCUUCCCCGCUCUUCCAAAUCAUACCACCACAUUACACUUCUUUCUCCCUCCAUUCAUCCACUAUAGUCUCGUUCUAAGUAUGCUCUGUGGUUGCGGCUAAGUCUGAUCUUCCACAUAAUAAAUAAUUACUAGAGUUAUACCCUAAAGCCCCCGUCCCUUAAAAACCCGUCGAACCUCUGUCCGGCUUUCGCCAAAAAAUGGACGAAGAGGCUCUUCGGGUAGGUUCUUGAUUUUUCUUUUGUGAUUUGUUUUAAUCUUUCCAAUUUAAUUUUGUGAUUUUUUUAAUCAAAACAAUUUGAUUUGGUUACUUUUAUUUACAGAUGGGUGUCAAGAUAUACGAUCCUCGAUUGUAUAUCCAUUAUGGGCCAAGAGAUACGAAGUAUUUAACCGAUCAAGAAGCACAUCGCUCCCGUGCAAUUUGGGACAACAAUCCGGUAAACACUACGUACCUUAUCAACAAUUUACUUUAUUUCAUAAUUUAGUAAGGUUUUAUUUUGAUUUCUUUUAACUAACAAAUCGAUGUUUUUUCUAUUUUUUUUUUGUGGGAAUCACUUAUUCCCGUCAUCCAUAAAGGGACCACUAACUUGCCUGCUUGGCAUGAUCGACUGUCGCCGUAUAUAGAGAGGACUAGGUUGGGUAUGUUGAGGCAUUUCAUGCGGAUUGAAAUCGACAACGAUCUGCUUACGGCAAUGGCAGAGCGAUGACGCCCGAAACUCAUACAUUCCACCUUCCUGAGGGGGAAAUGACGAUCACCCUCAAAGACGUCGCGAUCCUCACCGGGAUGCCGAUAACUGCAAAUGCCAUCAUUGGUACCACUACCAAACCCGAUGCAGGUUAGGGUCCGCUCAUUCGUGAUCGUUUUGGCUUUGACAUGCCGACCACCAGACCAAUUCAAGGACGGGGGCAUCCAUCAUUGCAUGCGGGACAAGUGUCGAUCCUGUGGCUUGGUAAUCACAUCCAAAAUGAGGUUGAAAUCGGCCCAGAGACUCCGGAAGAUCAAUUGGAGCGCUAUGCACGCAUCUACCUCAUUGGUUUGGUCGGAUGGAUUUCUGUUCCCCGACAAGUCGAACCAGUGGAUUCAAGGCAUAUGGUUGCCAAUGCUCCUUGGUGACUGGGACGCGAUCGGGGAAAAGAGCUGGGGAUCGGCCGUGUUAGCUGGCAUAUAUAGGGAGCUGUGUACUUGCUCGAAGGUGGGAGCGAAACCAGCUGGUGCGGCGAUGUUCAUCCUCCAGCUCUGGGUAUGGGAGCAUCUUCCAAUGUUCGCACCUCAAGACCCACGUCCAUACUGGAGAGCAGAUGAUGAGCUUGCAAAUUUGAAAAAUUCCCCCUAUGGUGUCAAGUAAGUUUAUUCCAUACUUAUCUAUAUUUAACCACGUCAUCAUCCUUUAUGACAACUUCUUGGUACACAACCCUGCCAACACUCAUGUCUGGAUACCGUUAAGUAAUUUUAGCAACUCUCGUCUGUCCGCUCGUACAAACCCUGUAUGCACAAAUGUCACAGAGUUCUAGCCACGUGAAUCGCGACUCAAUUUUCAACAUAGUGGAUUCGCCGUCCUCAUAAUUAAUCCCAAUGUCAGAGUUUGUCACCCUUCCAUUCCUCCGAAUAAUAAGCUGAAACUUCUUGAAUUUACCCAUAUCUACAAUUAACAAUAAGUAACUAUUAGCUUAAUUCCAAUAAAAUUAACCAAAACCA